AUGAGCUCCAGUUUAACUGCACGUGAUAAACGUAUUGCAGAAUGGUGGUGGCAGGAUUUGGUGGGUUUUUCGGGUCAGCGACCCAAUCACAAAUGUUCGCACGUAUACAUGAAAACUCUCAUUGAUAUAGCUGCAGCUGAUGGGGUACUCCACGAGAAAGAACUCAAGUAUGUAUUGGGUAUGGCUUCUGUCGGAGGACAAGAUGAACAUCUCAUCAAGGAACUUGAAGCAUAUCGACCAGGUACUUCCAUUGAUACUCAGAAGAUGUUUAACGAUACAGACACGGCUUAUGUGGCAUCCACUCGACCAAGUCUCGUCUACUUUGCACAUCGGGCGGCAUCCGCCGAUGGUGAAUUACACCCAAAAGAAUUGGAAGCCAUUCAUGCUGUUGCCAAGAAACUUGGUAGUAGUGACGAAGAAAUUCAAAAGAUUUUAUUAGUUUUCUUUUAUUCAAUGGAAUUUCCUACUAAUAUUUUUAUUGAACAAUAUAAUAAAAAUUUAAUUAAUCGUGAAAUGUGA